AUGACGACCACCAGCUAUACGCAAGUGGAGUUACUCACCCUCCAGGGACCGGAGUUCCGCCGCGUGUCUACUGCACCACCUCGGCCGUCUACUGAAGAUGAAAUCCCGAUCAUUGACCUCAGCACCAUCGAUGAUGGUCCCACGGCCAGGAAGGUCAUUGCAUCGCAUGUUCGAGCGGCCGCUGAGAACACUGGGUUUUUCUAUAUCAAGAACCAUGGCAUCGCCCCGGAACUGAUCCAGCGAGCUCAAGCAUCGGCCCAGGCUUUCUUCGAGCAAACCGAGGAGCAGAAGAGUCUGGUCUCUCACGCAAAGUCGGCGCAUUCUGAUGGGUAUCACGGCGUAGGAAGUACUCAAAUCAACAAGAAGGAAACACGAGAUCGCAAAGAGACAUUCUCGCUUCGCUACAACCCAGCAAAUGACCCAACAGUGCCCGAUCCAACAGCCCUUCUCACCAACACGAGAUAUUCCUACGGAGACGACGACUUUCUGUGGAAGGGCACUGCCCACAUCCGAAAUUUCAAAGCAACAACCCUCGAAUUCUAUCAAGGCCGACUUACCCUCGCCCGCAAGAUGAUCCGCAUUUUCGCCCUAGCUCUCGAUAUGCCAGAAGACUACUUUGAUUCCGUAACAACUAACCCCGGCGCAGACGGUCUCUACGUCCACUACCCCGGCUCUCCAGAGAUCGUACCGGACAAUGUCGACAUUGACGUCGGAAUCGGUUCACACACCGAUAUCCAAUGCGUGACGCUCCUCUGGCAGGAUAUGUCAGGAGGUCUGCAGGUUCUGUCCGCGAAGGAUGAGUGGCUAGAUGCCAGGCCUAUCCCAGACACACUAGUGGUCAACAUUGGAGACUUUUUGCAGAGGCUUUCCAAUAAUCGGUUCAAGUCUACUGUGCAUCGAGUUUAUAAUCGGCAGACAAAGUCGCGAUAUUCCAUGCCUUUCUUCCUUGGAUUCAAUCCGGAUUCGGUUUGUCGGGUUGUGCCUUCUUGUAUUGAUGGAGAGCACUCGGCCCUUUAUGAGCCUAUUUCUUGUGGGAAGUGGCACCGUGAUCGACUUGCGCUUGCUCAGGGUAAAAGGAUUUACGCAUAA